AUGGAAUCAUAUCGAAACAUGACCUGUAUACUGAGAGUGGAUACCCAGUCUUCUGGUUGGGAGAAAUCUCUUACCAAAGUCAUUAAACGUAUCAAAGAUGUAUCCUACAGCAUUGAUACAACACAUGGCAUUAUUCGUAUUUCCGGGAUAAUAGAUCCAAACAAGCUAUUCACAGACAUAAAAAGAGCUGGGAAACACGCUGAACUUCUUCAUGCAGAUAUUGGUGCUGCUGUUGGCGGUGGCAGCGAUGGUGGCGGCGGCGAACACUCUCACUCCAACAUUGGGUACUAUUAUAGUAAUAAUAAUGAACAUAAUGUAGGAUAUGGAAAUUUGGUACCUAGUUACAAUGUUCAACCUCAACAUGGAAAUUACCAAUGCAAUGGUGUUUUAGUUCCUACAUCAACAGCAUUAGAGCCAUGGCAUCCUCCAUCAUCAUCACAGCAAUGUCAUCUACCAACAACAUACCCACAAUACUAUGAUACAAAUAAUACUUGCAAUAUUAUGUGA